AUGGCUUCUCGCGAUAACACGCCAACGGGCUGCCCCGUCCAAGCCAUGGCCGGACCCUGUUGUUCGGGUAGACCUCUGACCAUGGCGCCGUGUCCAUUGCACUCAAACGCGACGACAUACAUACACGCUACUGUGUACACUGUACAUACUCGUCCAAUGUAUACAUACGCACAGCACGCGCACGCGCCGGUUCCCCGUGGCCGCACGCGUGGGACUGUCAAUGAGCGUCGACGUCGCUGCAGUUAUCCCGCCAUGUACUAUGUAUGUAUGGAUGCAUGCAGCCAUGCAGCCGUGAACGAUGUAUAUACCAUACACCCUUUUCGUGUACAUGCUAUCCCAGGGCCCGAGAAGACACUCUCGAGCCCAUUGCUGCCAAUUGCGACGUCGGAACACCGCCAGCUCCCGUUCAGGGACCAUACAGACACACAGCAACACGCGAGAUAG